GAAGCACUCCCUCAUCCGUGCUCCCCAAGGAGGGACUCCAUUGCGCGGGAAAAUGAAGAAGGCACCCGGUUCAGAUUUCAAAUACCAGAGGAACCCAAAUUCUGACGAUCUCGACUCUUCCUUCCCUGCUUCUCCUCCCCAGAUUUCCGAUAUUACCGAUAACUUCUCUGCCUCUUCGUCGAAUUCGGUGAUUGCAGCCGCCGGCGACCUUGAUGAUGCAGAAUCGAGCCAUCCGAUUAUUUCUCUACUAUUGGAGAACUCCUCCGAUCAAUCCGGUCUACCAGAGUUCCCGCCUACGCCUUUGGUGGAACCAGUCGGAGCUACUUUGGAGAACGUCGAGGAGGCGAGCAUAUCGAUAACAGCGGCAUCCUUCAUUGAAGAGGCUGUAGAAGGGGAAGGUAGUUAUGCGGAGAAGAUCUUGACCGAAUUGUCGGAGGGGGCUGCUCAGCCGGGAGCUCAGAUCGUCAUGGAAAAGUGUUCCGAGAUGGAUGGGGGAGAGCAGAAUCUGGAGGUAGCGCUGGUCGGAUUCUCUACGGCGAUGGAAAAGCUGUGCGACUCGAUCAGAGAGGUGCUAUUGCCCGCGGUGGAGCAAUGGAAGCGACGAAACUGGAUUGACGGCUUCUUCUUCUUCUUUCUUGUGACCCUAGGAGGGAUGACGCUGGCAUUCUUUAUCGGCGCUGUGCUAUUCUCCGUUCUACUCACCUCCGUGGCUCCCGAAGGCUACCUGAGCUUGAAUAGUUUGCCUGAGUUCAACAGACCUACCCCGACUUGAUCCUUAGGUCGGGCAUUAGAAAUGCUUCACCGUAAGUAUAUUUCUUUUAAUUAGAAGGCUUAAAAAUACGACUACUGAGUUUGCGGAAAGUGAAUAGAUAUGUGACCAUCAUAGCGGAACCCUUCUUUUAUCAUAUGUUCUGGAGGUGGUUUUAAGUCUUUCAAUUACAAGGAGAAUAACAUUCUCGGUUGUUUUUUUUGAAAAUAUUUUGUAUUGAACUGAUAAAAAAAAUUGA